GGGCGGAAGUAAUAUCCUCAAACAGGAAGUGUGACAGUUCUCGACCGGGAAACAUGGCGGCUUACGAGCAGGUCCAAAAGGGGCCUCUGAAGCUGAAAGGGGUCGCAGAGCUCGGCGUGACCAAGCGGAAGAAGAAAAAGGACAAAGACAAGGCGAAGCUUCUGGAAGCGAUGGGAACGAGCAAAAAGAACGAGGAGGAGAAGCGGCGCGGUCUGGACAAGCGGACCCCGGCCCAGGCGGCCUUCGAGAAGAUGCAGGAGAAGCGGCAAAUGGAAAGGAUCCUGAAGAAAGCAUCCAAAACCCACAAGCAGAGAGUGGAGGACUUCAACAGACACCUGGAUACACUCACCGAGCACUAUGACAUUCCCAAAGUCAGCUGGACCAAGUAGCCUCCCCGCCCGGGGCAGCACUGGGGGAGCAGCAGGCAGAGCUGGGAUCACGGCUGGUGUCUUUGGUAUUUUCUAGACACGUCAUUUUACACAUACCCAUGUGUCUUCUGCUGGGACACUGCUUUUAAAAGCAGUGUGCCCUCGUUCUGGAACUUGAUUAAAGUAAGACUGUCCUUUUGCUCAAAUUUUUGUGGGUAGCACAUAGAAGACAAACCAUUUUAGUUCGGACUGGAAAUUUUUGAAAAUUUAUCCAGAGAUUUAGGUUAUUUCUGUGUGCGUUGCACAGAAAAGGGUUUUUGCCCCCCGGAUGCAUCUACCCCUUUGACAGCCAUCCAGCUGGUUUGCCUGGAUGAAGCUGACUGCAGAGGAUAAGGAGUUAAUGCCGGUGUGGCCUGCAACUUGCAGACCGCUGUAGGGCCCUGGGAAAGCUGCCCUUCCAAGCUCCCUCUAGCUCAGGGCUUAUGCUGUUCCACCCAGGGCCAAGGGAAGCUACGUGGGGCUUCAUGGCUUUCAGAAUACCUCUUCAGUCACCUGGCCUGUGAGGCAUACAGCCUGGGUAGUAGAGCAACCACAGAAGACAAGGGUGGCACAAAUGCCCUGUCCCUUUCUGAGCCCAGGGCCAGCAUGCAGUGUCUUCCCCCAUUAUCCCCGUUCCAGACAUGUCUAGUGGGUGUUGCCCUGGCAGACCUUGCUAAUGGAGCACGGUGUUCUUGGUAAUGGAUGCUGGCACAGCCUGCCCCACCCUGAGCUCUAAGCAGCUCCCCAUAUUUAUUCAGAACUGGCCCAUAACAUUCCUGGCCUAAGGAUAUACCUCAGGGGUCACAGGAUCAGGGCAGAGCUCCAGCACGGACAGACAUGGGUGCAGUCAGAGAAGACCCAGGUUCUAGCACUGGGAGCCAGGAUCUUUGAGGGCCUACGUACAUCUACCCGAUAAGGAUGGAACUGCUAUGCCAUUGUGGGGAACAGUCUCUGCUGACAUACAGAAUGAAACAAUAACAAGAGAAAAACCCACUUGUCAGAUUUGGGGCUGUCACAUGUAAACAGAAUAAAGAAAAAAACCCAUUAGUAAA